GGUAAUCCGGUGCACACUGCAGUGGGCUACCGGGUGUUAUGUUUUGGUGUCGGCUAAUUUUUAAGGGACUUCAAGACAAUAUACAUCACUGGAUUUCAAUGAAAGACGACGCGUAUUAUUAAAUUUAAAAUAUUCUGCUAGGCUACAACUACAGUACAGCUUCACAAGUAUAAUAUAAGUUUAAAGAUAGUAAGUUUAAGUAGACCUCUACGAUAUGCCUAUUAAAUUUUCAGUGAUUGAAAUCAAUGAAGUGAACUGAUUCUAGUCUCAUUCAAGUUAUUGUAUCUGCUUUGGCCUUGGUGGUAUAGGCUUUUAGUUAUGAUUUAAUUUUUAGCCUAGGCAGGCUAAUUAUUAAUUAGUAAUAAUAUUAAUAUUAUAAUACACACCGUACUAAUUAAUUAAACUAAUACUGCUAACAACCACCAACUGUCCACAGAAGGCAGAAUUCUAAUAGUAAAAUUAUAUAUAAAUUUAGAGUCAUACCACCUAGUGGGGCAUGGCUUACUUGUAGGCUACUACAUAACUAAAAAAAUAUUAAUAUUUUAAAAGGCUAUUUAAAUUUAUAACUUUAAAAAAGCUUACACACUAACUAAGUUAAGGUUACAAACAUUUAACACAUAUUUAUUUUUUAUACAUUGAAAUUGGAUGAUUUGUAGGAUGUAAUUGUAAUUAACUUUCAAGAAUACUAAUACUAAUAACAAGGCAGAGGCGCUUCUAGGUCAGGUCUAGUUAAACUCAUGCCACUCAUAGUGAUAGUGUCACCACCAACUCCCCCCCAACCCACCACGUCUUCAUGAAAUUCUUAACCACAUUAUAAAAUUAUACAGAAUCACUUAUAUUAUUAUUAAUUAAUUAAGCAAAAGACAUAGGAAGAAAAAUAGAAUUUUAGUUCGCAGUUUUAAAAAAUGCAUGUUUAUUGAAACAUUAAUCUUAACAAUUAAAACUUAAGUUUAAGCAGCACUACCAGACCAAACUUAUUGGGUCAAGCGCACUAAAGCUAUGUCCACACCCUGCUCUUGUGUGGCAACUUGUUAUUGAGGCACUUGGUUCUGGUGACAAUUUGUUAUUGAGGCACUUGGUUCUGGCGGCAUCUUGUUAUUGAGGCACUUGGUUCUGUUGGCAACUUGUUAUUGAGGCACUUGGUUCUGGUGACAAUUUGUUAUUGAGGCACUUGGUUCUGGCGGCAUCUUGUUAUUGAGGCACUUGGUUCUGUUGGCAACUUGUUAUUGAGGCACUUGGUUCUGGUGACAAUUUGUUAUUGAGGCACUUGGUUCUGGCGGCAUCUUGUUAUUGAGGCACUUGGUUCUGUUGGCAACUUGUUAUUGAGGCACUUGGUUCUGGUGACAAUUUGUUAUUGAGGCACUUGGUUCUGGCGGCAUCUUGUUAUUGAGGCACUUGGUUCUGUUGGCAACUUGUUAUUGAGGCACUUGGUUCUGGUGACAAUUUGUUAUUGAGGCACUUGGUUCUGGUGGCAACUUGUUAUUGAGGCACUUGGUUCUGGUGGCAACUUGUUAUUGAGGCACUUGGUUCUGGUGGCAACUUGUUAUUGAGGCACUUGGUUUUUGUGGCAACUUGUUAUUGAGGCACUUGUUUCUGGUGGCACUCUGUCACUAUCUGGUAGCAUCCUGCUCUUGUAUUUAACUUAAAUAUGUUAUGAAUUCCACUACUAACUAUAACUAAAGGGAGCUUUGUCAAAUUUGCUAUUUUCAAUUUGUUGUUACCAGGUUUGUCAACCCUCCGUAACGUUACAGUCUUUAAAACUAUGACCUAGAUUGAUUUGUCCGUAAAUAUCUGUAAGUUUGUAAGAACUUUAGGAUGCCCUUUUUAAAAAAAUGAGACAUUGUGCAAAAAUUUGUUUAAGCUUGCUUUAAACUUUUAUACUUAUAGCGGAGAGAAAUCUGAUAUCAUACAUUAUAAUUCAAUAAGCUAACACUUAAAGAUAGGCUCAUGUCUCAUGGUCAAAUGACAGUCAUAGUAAUAGCAACAUAUGUAUUUGAUAUCUGAGAUAGUACAUUGAAUCAUAGAAAUAUAGUCAUAAUAGUAAGAGAAACUUACGUAUUUGACAUAAUGCAUAGUGUCAUAGAAAUAUAGUCAUAGUAAUUGAAACUAACGUAAUGGUUAUUUGUCAUAGUACAUAGAGUCAUAGAAAUAAAGUCGUACUACAGGUAUUUGAUUUUUUUUAUCUUGAUAGUUUUAACAUAACUUUAAAAAUGUGUCCUUGAAAAGUUUUGCCUGUUUCUAAAAAUUAUGGAGAUUUAAAAUAUUUGUUAGUAAAUUUUAUUUUAUUGAGUUAGCGAUCCUCGGGUGUCAUCCAACUAUGAGGUUGUCACCCAAUGUUGCUCAAAACCCCCUUGUGGCGUCACUGCAACAAGACCUAUUUUAUUAUUAGGAUGAAUAUUAGUAUUUAAGUUAAUUUGUUUCUAAAUGUGAACUCAAAUUCAUAAUCAUGAUGGAGUGACAUGAGAAGCCUCUGAAUCAAUUUUCAUUGAUUUAGAUUUAAAAUUAACAUAUUCAUUAUAGGGCCUAUGCAAACAGUAUAAUAAAUAACUAACAAGGAGGUUACUCAGAUUUGUAAUUUUAUAGUAAAUAUAUUGAGUUUUGAGUAGGUAGUGUUCUUAGUGAUGCCUAAUGGCCUGCGUAAACAUUAUAGUUAUAGUAAAUAAUGAGCCUAACAUAAUAGGACUUAGCUAUAUCUACAUUUACCUAUAUUGUUGUAUGGUUAAGACAAAGACCAGUUAAUUUUUCUCCAUUCCGUAAAUGUUUUCCCCAUUAAAAUUAAAAGCUAAAGUUAAUUUGAUCCUGAAAACUUUUUCAGCUGUAAAUGUAGACUAGUAGAAUCUAUUUGGGUUUGAGUCAGCAUACAAAAUGUAACAAAAUCUAGUUCAUUGCUAUUUCUAACCAUAGCCCAUGGUAGUUUAAAAGUCAUAAAUGCUUUUUAAAAAAUGUAAUUACAAAACAAAAAUAUUUACGUAUAGUUAAACUUAGUAAUAAUAGUUAAAUUUAACGGUUUGUUUUGUUUUUUAAAAACAUAAUUUUACAUGUUUAAGUUAAUGUAGCAAAUCAACUCAUUAGAACUAAGAAAGAAACAUUGGGUUUACUAUUUUCCCAAAUAUCAUGUCUAGUAAAUGAAUCUUACCUAAAAUGUAUUUCAUCAAUUCAAGCUAUAUUAAAAUGAAACUUUGUAACGUAAAACAGUCUAAUUUUGUUCUUUUUCUAACAAAACAAUUUUACUUAAAUAAAAAUCAACGGCCUAAAUAUAAGUUAUAUUCAUAAUCAUAAUUUCAUUUAAAAUUCACAAGUCAUUUUUGCAUUAUUUAGUUAAACAAAUGAUUAAUAUUUACUCCGUCAUCCAGUCAGAUAAUUUAAAAUGAGGAAUGCAGGUCUUGGUGACCUGGACACAACAGUCACAUCUCAUCAGAUGGAGCAUCAACUGGAUGGGUGUGAUCCGAUGGCUUGUGUCUUGUAUUCACAUUCACCAUCUGUUCAAGUUUACUAUGCUCUUCGAACUCGUCUUGAAUCAAGCUCUGAUGCAUGGCUGCAG